AUGAUGGAGGGCCAAGGGCAGACCGCUAGGGCCACGAGACGCUCUCAAACGAGUGCUCCUACACAGCAAGACUUCCUCUUUGUCAAUGCAUCUGAUGCGAAGAUAUCCCGCCAAGGCCGUCGCGAUGCUCGUUCCUUUGUCAUGAAAAAGGCGAGGAGCGAGCGUCUAUGGUCCACAAGCACGCAGGCUGCAAGGCACCAAACACGACAGAGUGCAAGCCCACAGAGUGCUAAUACACCUACCUCAACGUCAACUCCAAGCACAGCAUCAUCGAGUCCAAGCGUCGAGUCCAAUGGAAACCGCCAUCUCCUGGCUUCAGCCCAAGCGGAUGUUGGUGUUUUCGAGCAAGGUGUUUGCUCGAGCUGUAAGAUCCUUACUGUCCGACACGGUCAGAUACUGUGCCCUAGGUGCAACUGGCUGAGACCCACGGGGUUGUUGAGAGAGCCUAAUCAUGGUUCUUUGGAUCCAUUUGGAAUGUUGCCCGUAAAGAUGACCAAGGACGACUAUGAACUUAUGUACCACUUUAUUGGCGAAAUGGCUCCCGGUAUAAUCGGCGUCGACACUCGAUGCAGGUCAAAUCUGAUGAGGUCAGACUGGUUCGCAACAGCGUUGAGUAAUGCAGGCUUCAUGCACAGUUUGCUCUGUACGGCUGCCUUGCACAUGUUCGUUUCUGGUAGAGGUAGAGGCAACGUCGAAGCAAUCUUGCACCAUCGCGCAGAAACUAUUGUGGCGGUGAACAAGGCCAUAUCUUCGACGGAAGACCAUACCGUUCAUUCCUCAGAUGAGAACCUCGGCGCUGUAUUCAAUCUCUUGACCGUAGAAGAAAGCCUGGCGUCGCCCUAUUUUAGAGACAAGAUACCAUGCGACGAGCAGUCGAAUGCCACUACGACGCAUUUGAACGGCUUGCGCGACAUGCUGAGUUUGCGAGGAGGCCUCGGCGCUGUCAAUAGAAAUCGCAUCUUACAGGCCUUUAUACUUUGGCAUUCUACAGCUCACGCCAUUGCUGCUUUCGACUCACCGGACCCCGCAAUAUUAGAGUACAUUCGUACGGCAAACUAUCCUCGUCAUCCCCAAGGCUAUUGUUCGGAAUACUCUCAACACCUAGUCAACUUGUGCCGAGACGCAGGCUUGGCAGCACCUCUUGUCGAAUUACUGGAAUUUGUCCUGGUACUCGCAGCAGAUCUGACUGCUUGGUAUAACGAUCCAGAGAGUCCGCUUGACCCGCUCGACAUACAAAACUUCUCUUGUGCACUCGAGUGUUUGCUUCUCGCAUGGAUCCGUGGCUGUGAGCCUUCGGUUACACCUCUCGAAGGCGCCCUCUGCGUCGCACUGAUCAUAUUCACCAUUCGAACAACUGAAGCGCCAAAAAUGAAAUCAGACGUUCACUUUUUACAUUCCGUUGCUAGCAAGCGGCUCGAAAGCGCACUCAACUGCACCACACUUGCUGACUGGUGGCCAUGCCAGGAUCUACUUCUCUGGAUCCUCUCCAUCGGCGCCAUCUCGGCUGAGGGCUCAGCAGAGAGUACUUGGUUUGUACAUCAAUCCUCACUUGCGUGCGCGAUGUUCCAAAUAGUAUCCGCAGAGGCGUUACUUGAACGUUUGCACUUUUGCGGCUGGGUCAGCUGUAAGCUCGACGAACCUGUUCAACGCCUAUGGAACAGCAUCAGGCUUGUCAGAUGCAACCCGUAUCCGAGCGUAGUGUCACCGUACAUUGACCACACAGAAAGCCCUCCGGGACCAUUGCAGAAUGCUAUCAAAGAGCCUGAAUUAACAGAUUGGCGUACCAUAGACUGGACAGCCUUCAUUGCAGCUAACCCUGCACAAGAGUCGUACUUGGAUAAUGAUGGAGUAAGUUGGGCAACAGCGACAGCGACUGGGUUUGACGAUGCUUUCGGCCAAGCUUUGACUGGUUCUUGA